AUGCUUUUUAUGAUCAUUCCACAUAAAGUAGCACAACGCUUGGGCAAAGAUAGACUGAACGCUCUUAUUGAAAACCAAAAACGCUUAGUCACUGUGUCGGAUUUACACUACACGAUUACUUCUGUCGCAGAGCUGACAGAAAGUGGUGCCGCGGUCAGUCAGGCCAGUGGCUUACUGAGACCAGUGUCUGCUACUCGCACAUGCGCAGAUAUACAAGGUCUUCAUUCGGAGGUGACGUGUCGUUGCGAAGGUUGGAGAAAGUUCCUGAGUGCAAAUUCAGUGGAUGUUUUAUGGCUAGCAGAGUUUGCCGUUGGACAUAUUAAUAAUUUAGUGCAGAAACAAUAUUUAGACGGUAAAUCAGAAAGCAAAAACUCAAGUGGAUACGGAAAUUGCGCCAGAUUUGUUGGAAAAGCUAUUGAGCGGCCAAGGCAGGAGAUAGCCAGCAAAUAUUACAUCACAACGAUGAUUUUAGUUGUUGAGCCAGCCUAUGGUGUUAAAUCAAAAGAACGUUUCGAAGUUCAGCUUCGGCACUCAAGCGUUCGAGAACACAUAAUCACCUUCAUUAAAUACACACGACUAAGCUUUUAUAGUAAAUAUGCAAAUUGCGCAGACAGGGGCAGGGGCGUGGACGUGAAACUUUGCGCCUGCGCGACUCCGCGCCGAGGAUCGCAUCAAUUAUCAGUGGAGAAACUGAUCCGCUCUCGCCAUUUUGUAGAUUACGGACUGAAGAGUUGCACGCGAUCACUGGACUCUAAAUGUUUGUUGGUGACUAUACGGAGCCUAAAGAAAUAUGUCGUGUUUAAAAGGCAGACUCGCUUGAUGAGCAUUGUAGUUGCAAAUGUGUGCAAGGACAUUUCGAUGAAAGUUAAGUUCGGGGGAAUUCACAGGAAAACAAAAUUUUCUCAAACAUUACCGUUGUCUUUAGUCUUUAAGCCAAGGACAAUAUAUCAUGUUCUGUCAGUACUCAAUGAGUGGAGGUAUGGUUUUUUUAGACCAGCUUUCAUGCACUGGCCCAUUAGCCAGACCGCGGGUGGUGAUUUUUCAAGAAGAAAGCGUGACAUACUAGAGUUUACGUGA